UUCUACGUAUAAGUUCGAAAUUUUUUCUUCCCUCUCAGCAGCAGAACUCUCACUCUCUCACUCUCGUUCGACCGACGCUAUCUCAUCUCUCUCUCUCUGGUGACCGACCGGCGAUCGGUAGUGCGGGACGGCCGGUGGCGCAACACCUUCGGUUAUUCUUUUCGUAUCGCAGCUUAAUCCGCACUGCGGGCGGUUGCAGGUUCACUUUUUCCCAACCUGCAGUCAAUCGAUCUGCGAGCACCCCUAAUAUAUGGUAUGAAAGAGUCGAGUAACAGUCAUUGUAGCGGCAGCGGUGGUGGUGGUGCCAAUUCGAUAUACAGGGGAGUUCGUAAACGGAAAUGGGGGAACUGGGUGUCGGAAAUACGCGAGUCUGGCAAGAAAACUCGAAUUUGGCUAGGAAGUUUUCAGACGCCCGAAAUGGCUGCUACAGCAUAUGAUGCAGCUGCAUUUCACCUCAGGGGACAUGGUGCACGACUAAAUUUUCCUGAGCUGGCUAAUAGAUUCCCGCAUCCGGCAAGCUCGAGUGUUGUGGACAUACGGUUGGCUGCUCAGCAGGCAGCUGCUUUGGGCCUCAGACAGCUGCUUUGGGCCUCAACUCCGGUCCCUUCAAGUCCUGCGCCGUUGGAUCACAAGCGCAAGCAUGAAGAUUUGGAGCCUGAAACACUGAUGGCCGACUCAAAUGUGAACGAGAACAAACCGGACUCCAUCAAGAGAGCUGAGGAGGAGGCUGUCGAAGGUGGUGGUUCCGAGGAGUCCGAAGCGCAACGGCCUUGUUUGGUGGAGAAUCUCAACGGCUCAGUAGCUGAGAACGAAGUACAAGAAGAGAAGGUGGAUGAACUCAUGGAGGAGGAUGCUGAAAAGCCAUCCGCAGAGAAUAAUAAUACCGAAUCAGCGGAUACUCAGCAGCCUACAGAGGGAGCUUCGGAGACUGUGAACAAUGAACAAGCUUCUUUUACUGAUGAUCAUCAGAAACAGGACAUCCAGCCAAACUCCAUUGCAUAUCCGCAAUUGGAAAGUGCUCAGGAACAGCCAUCUGGAGGGGAGCUUCAGGAACCACCCUCAGCAGAAGUUCCUCAACAGGGGUUUUUUUCUUCUGUGGAAGAGCAACCUGUAUCUGAGACUCAAACAAUGUCACGGAAAAUGGAGGUUCCUAAUAAUAAGGUUGGAGUACUCAUUGGCAAGGCUGGGGAUACUAUACGGUUUUUGCAAAUCAAUUCAGGUGCCGAGAUUCAGAUCACAAGGGAUGGUGAAGCUGAUCCUUAUUCUUCCACCAGGCCUGUGGAACUAAUAGGAACUUUGGAAAAUAUAAACAAGGCUGAAAAACUGAUUAAGGAUGUCAUAGAAGAGGCUGAUGCAGGGGGUUGCCCUGCCCUUGUGGCUAGGGGCUUCAGUACUGUACAGGCUGCUGGGGCUGCUGAUCAAAUUCUCAUACAAGUUCCAAACGAGAAGAAUCCGCACUACGGACGGUUGCGGGUUCACUUUUUCCCAACCAACUAUCAAUCGGGCGGGUCCAACCCGCAAUCCGAACCGCACAUAACCGAUCUGCAAGCGCCCCUAAUAUAUGGUAUGAAAGAGUCGAGUAACAGUCAUAGUAGCGGCAGCGGUGGUGGUGGUGCUGGUUCGACAUACAGGGGAGUUCGUAAGCGAAAGGGGGGGAAAUGGGUGUCGGAAAUACGAGAGCCUGGCCAUAGAAGUCGAAUUUGGCUUGGAAGUUUUGAGACGCCUGAAAUGGCUGCUACAGCAUAUGAUGCAGCUGCAUUUCACUUCAGGGGACAUGGUGCACGACUAAAUUUUCCUGAGCUGGCUAAUAGACUCCCGCAUCCAGCAAGCUUGAGCGUUGAGCACAUACGCUUGGCCGCUCAGCAGGCAGCUGCUUUGGGCCUCAGAAAGCUGCUUUGUGCCUCAACUCAGAUCCCUUCAAGUCCUGCGCCGUUGGAUCACAAGCGCAAGCAUGAAGAUUUGGAGCCUGAAACACUGAUGGCUGACUCAAAUGCGAAUGAGAACAAAUUGGACUCCAUCAAGAGAGCUGAGGAGGAGGUGGAGGAGAAAGAGGAGGAGGCUGUCGAAGGUGGUGGUUCCGACGAGUCCGAAGCGAAACGACCUCGUUUGGAGGAGAAGCUCAACAGCUCAGUAGCUGAGAACGGAGUCCAAGAAGAGAAGGGAGAUGAACUUGCGGAGGAGGGUGCUGAAAAGCCAUCUGAGGAGAAUAAUAAUACCGAGCCAGUGGAUACUCAGCAGUCUACAGAGGGAGCUUCAGAGACUGUGAACAAUGAACAAGUUCCUUCUACUGAUGAUCAUGAGAAAGAGGACAUCCAGCCACCCUCCAUUGCAAAUCCGCAAUUGGAAAGUGCUCGGGAACAGCCAUGCAGAAGGGAGCUUCAGGAACCACCCUCAGCAGAAGUUCCUCAACAGGGGGAUUUUUCUUCUGUGGAAGAGCAACCUGUAUCUGAGAGUCAAACAAUGUCACGGAAAAUGGAGGUUCCUAAUAAUAAGGUUGGUGUACUCAUUGGCCAGGCUGGGGAUACUAUAUGGUUUUUGCAAAUCAAUUCAGGUGCCAAGGUUCAGAUCACAAGGGAUGGUGAAGCUGAUCCUUAUUCUUCCACCAGGCCUGUGGAGCUGAUAGGAACUUUGGAAAAUAUAAACAAGGCUGAAAAGCUGAUUAAGGAUGUUAUAGAAGAGGCUGAUGCAGGGGGUUCCCCUGCCCAUGUGGCUAGGGGCUUCAGUACUGUUCAGGCUGCUGGGGCUGCAGAUCAAAUUCUCAUACAAGUUCCAAAUGAGAAGGUUCGUGUAAUCAUAGGAAAAGGUGGGGAGACUAUUAGAAGCCUGCAGACAAGAUCAGGGGCACGCAUUCAGUUGCUACCACAAUGUCUUCCUGAUGGUGACCAAUCUAAGGAAAGGACAGUGCACGUGUCUGGUGAUAAGAAGCAGAAUGAGAUGGCAAGAGAAAUGAUAAAGGAAGUUAUGAGUCAGUCUGUAAGGCUGUCUCGUCUAUGUGGCGGUCAGCAGGAGCUUCAACCACGUUGGCCCGCUGGUACGCCACAAUGGGGACCCCGAGGACAACAUCCUGCGCAGCCAACAGAGUAUGAUUAUGAUUAUCCGCAACGAGGGCCAUAUUGUUCUCAGAAUUCACAGUAUCCUCCUCAAUCGUACAGUAAUUAUCAGCCGCAACAAGUGGCUUCAAGAAACAAAUUUGGUCCGGGAUGGGUCCAAAGGCCUCCAGCUACAAUGCAAGGUCCCCCACCCCAAAGUGGUGGCUAUGACUAUUAUGGCAGACAGGGUCAUAUGGUUGAUGCACCGUCAUCUAAUCCUGUUCUUGGUCCUGGCCCUUCCCAUACUGCUAUGGGCCCACCUCCUUCACAGGGAAAUUACAAUUACAGACAGCCACAUGGUCCAGAGUAUCAGCAAGCUCCAUAUUCCCAAUCUGCACCUCCUCAGAGUUACGGCCAUGGAUACAAUGAAACAAAAUAUGAAAACCAGGCUCCGAGUCAUCAUUCCUAUGGAGAAGAUUCACAGUCAGGAGGCUAUUCUCAAGGCACUCAUUCAGGCUAUACUCACCAGGCACCAUCUUAUGGCAUGCCACCACAUGGACCUCCUUCCCAAGUCUAUGGCCAGCACCGAGCUAGUCAACCAGGUGAUAUGCCUUAUCAAGGUCCCAUCUCAUCGACCCAAUCUCCUUCUGGUCAAAAUGUGCCACCUCAGCAGACAUCCCCCUAUGCGUCAAGUGGGCCCACACAGCAAACUUAUCAACUCCCAUAUGGUUCUGCAUCUGUUACUGAUGGUUAUAAUCAGCCGCCACCUGCUGCUGCAUCUUCCCAGCAAGGUGGUCAGCCAGUUUUAGGUUAUGGUCAGGCUGCAGGAGGACAACCAGCAAGAUUGAAGUAGAUGAUGUUCCUUUCUCCUAUGAAAUGCUUGCUAGAUUGAAGCAUCCAUCCUUUUAUUAAGGUUUUGUUUUUAAAGACUUGUCUGUUUAGAACUUUGUUAUACUGUUCCAGUUCAAGGGGAUAUUCUAUGUGAAUCUCACGUUACAAGAAAUUAAAGUUUUAGAGACAAAAAUAAUUUGUCUGUAAAAAUUAUACUUUCAAAGACAAAAUGAAAGAAUUUUUAAAGAAGUAUAUUUAAUCAUACUACUACAUUUUAAAGACAAA